AUGGAAGAAGAAAAGGAUUUGGGGAAACCUUUGGAAGAGAGGAGAGGGAAGCUGACUGUUGUCCUGACGUUGGCUACCCUCGUAUCUGCCUUUGGAUCAUCCUUCCAGUAUGGAUACAACGUGGCUGUGAUCAACUCCCCAUCUGUGUUCAUACGGCAGUUCUACAACAGUACCUACGUGGAGCGUUACGGCCAACCCAUGGAGGAUAGCUUCCUCACCCUCCUGUGGUCCCUGUCCGUUUCCAUGUAUCCCCUGGGAGGAUUCUUUGGCUCACUGAUGGUGGCCCCGCUCGUCAACAAACUAGGAAGGAAAGGCACCCUCCUCUUCAAUAACAUAUUCUCCAUUGUUCCUGCUGUGAUGAUGGGAGUGAGCGAGAUCGCUAAGUCAUAUGAGAUCAUCAUCGUGGCUAGGGUUAUAGUGGGGAUCUGCGCAGGUCUUUCGUCCAACGUGGUGCCUAUGUACCUGGGUGAACUCUCUCCUAAGAACCUGAGAGGAGCGAUCGGCGUCGUGCCUCAGCUCUUCAUCACCAUCGGAAUCCUCAGUGCACAGGUGUUAGGCAUCAGGAGCAUUCUGGGAAACAGCACAGGCUGGCCUCUCAUGCUGGGUCUAACAGGUAUCCCUGCCCUGGUAGAGCUGUUUCUGCUGCCGUUCUUCCCAGAGAGCCCCAGGUACAUGCUGAUCCAGAAAGGAGACGACAAGACCGCCCGGAGAGCGCUGCAGCGUCUACGAGGCUGGGAGGAUGUGGACGGAGAGAUGGAUGAGAUGAGACUGGAGCACCAGUCAGAACAAGCCGAGGGCCGCCUGUCCGUCCUCAACCUCCUGUCCCUCCGCUCCCUGCGCUGGCAGCUCAUCUCCAUCGUAGCCAUGAACAUGGGUCAACAGCUGUCUGGCAUCAACGCGAUAUACUACUAUGCUGACAGUAUCUACAGCUCAGCGGGAGUCAAGGAGAGUCACAUCCAGUACGUCACAGUUGGAACUGGGGCUGUCAACGUCUUCAUGACCAUCACUGCGGUGUUCAUUGUGGAGGCCGCAGGCAGGAGGCUGCUCCUCCUCAUUGGGUUUGGGAUCUGCUGUGUGUCCUGUGCUCUCCUCACUGUGGCACUCACCUUCCAGGAGAGUACGGAGUGGAUGCCCUACGUCAGCAUCGCCUGUGUCAUCGUCUAUGUUGUUGGACACGCCGUCGGACCCAGUACUAUUCCCUACGUGGUGACCACAGAGAUGUUCCGCCAGUCGUCUAGACCAGCAGCCUUCAUGGUGGCAGGGUCGAUCCACUGGCUGUCCAACUUCACUGUGGGACUUGUGUUCCCCUUCAUGGAGAGUGGCCUGGGCUCCAACAGUUUCAUCAUCUUCUGCUUCAUCUGCUUGGCGACUCUGUUCUACAUCUGGCUGGUCGUCCCGGAGACCAAGAACAAGACCUUCCUGGAGAUCAGCCAGAUGUUCGCUCACAGGAACCAGGUGGAGAUACAGGUGGGAAAUGCUCCGUUGAAACCAGAGACCGGAGACGGCAGGGACGAUGACGCGUUCAAGGCCACUGCCUUCUAA